AUUUAUUAAAUUGCAGUGUAAAUGUUUAUUGUAUAAAAAUUUAGAAAUGUAAAUUAAAAAGUGCCAUUUUCUAAUGUCUAGACCAAUAAAAGCAGAUAAUUAUGUCGUAUUUUUCACAUGGAUAGGAAUUGUAUCGAUUUAUAUUACACUUUUGACUGUUACCGCUCUCGGGGUUUUAUUUAUCUUAAGAAAACGCCGUUCUUCAAUCCUGAAGAGCCAGAGACCUCCUCGCACACCUUUCUCCGAGUUGGAGUUCAACGUUGCCACUCCGACGGACACGGCCAAGAGCAGACGUGUCAGUUUCAGCAGAAGAACUGGUGUCGCUGAAUUCGUCACAAACGAAGCAACGACGACUUGGAAGAAUUUUUACGAGGAGCACAACAAAUCUUUAGAGUCAUCGGGCAACGAAUCAGCAGCGAAUCCUCGUCAGGUGAUUGAGCAUAUCGGGAAGCGGAUAUUCGACCAGCAGUUCCAGGAGAUCGAGGUGGUGGAUAUAGGCGGCACUCUCCAGACCAACGCCAACCACCAGAGUUCAAUCAAUAAUGUCAAUGUGUCACAAGAAUUGACCACAAACGAAAAACUAACGGAACCAAUACAAAACUUCGAAUUGAGUUCAAUGACCGAUCACCAAAGCCGGAUAUUCGGUGACGAGCUCAGCAUGCCGGUUAUGGCGGACAUGUCGAACCCAAUUAACAUAAACUUCUCAAAUAUUAACCCUAUAGGGGACAAGUGCGAUGAUCUGGAGGAGAUCGAACGAGAUCUUGAGCGUUCGCUUCAGAAUAAUGUGAUAUGUUCAGGGCCAUUCACAGGCAGGGAUAUGUCAGAAUACAUUGAAAUCGACCUUAACAUGACCCACGUCGGUCCCAAGCAUGAUGAUUGCGAUAUGUCUAUAACCGAACCAAUACAGAGCCCUAACGUGCAGACCGUGUCCAAAAGCAAUUCCUUCAAGGAAAAUCCAGACGAUUGGGUCGUGGAUAAGGAGAAUAUAGUUGUCAAUCCGUACGUAACUCCAAAGGAAUCUAAAAAUUUCGCGUUAAACGACGCCGAUGAUAAAAUUUUAGUGUUCGACGGCAAGAAAUUGUGUGUGCAAUCUGAUAAAGAACCGAUAAGAGAUUCGGAUGAGAUGGACAAAUACCGCUGCCUACUUCCAAACAGUUCGGCCACAACGCCUCAAAGGAAGACGAUAUUCUUAAACGUUAACGACGAUUUACCGAACUUUGUCCAUGGCACGUCCGUUUGUAACGAAAAUAACAGCCAGACAGUGAAAACUUGCGAAAAGCCAAACAGAAAGACCAUCGUCUUUGAUGAUGGUGUAGAUAUAUCUAUAACUCAAGCCGUUCCGUCCAAAGUCCUAAUUGACGAAAAACCGAUUAACGUCACACGAUAUGAUAAUGAUAAUAACUUAUCAAUGACACAAGCAGUUGUCAGUAACAUUGAAAAUCCUAAAAGAAAGACUAUAGUAUUCGAUGAAGGCGCAGACAUUUCCAUGACUCAGGCGAUUCCUUCCAAUGUUUUUAUUAGUAAGGAAAAAACUAACGAAACUUUAUAUAACGAUAAUAACUUAUCAAUAACACAAGCGGUUAUCAGUAAUUUAGCUAACCCUAAAAGAAAGACGAUAAUGUUCGAAGAUGGUGCAGACAUAUCUCUGACUGAAGCAAUUCCGUCCAAAUUCCUAAUUGAUAAACAAAAAAAUAACGUUACACUAUAUGAUAAUAAUUUAUCAAUUACUCAAGCGGUUAUGAGUGACUUUGAUAAACCAAAAAGAAAGACCAUAGUAUUCGAAGAAGGCGCAGAUAUUUCUAUAACUCAAGCCGUUCCGUCCAAAGUCCUAAUUGACGAACAAAAGACUAACGUUACACGAUAUGAUAAUGAUAAUAACUUAUCAAUAACUCAAGCGGUUAUGAGUAACUAUGAUAAACCAACACGAAAGACCAUAGUUUUCGAAGAAGGCGCAGAUAUUUCUAUAACUCAAGCAAUACCCUCUAAAGUCCUUAUUGAUAAUCAGAUAAAUAACGCUCCUAUUAACGAUAAUGAUACAUUUAAAAAUACACAAGCCAAUAGCAAUGGCCAAAAACGAAAGACGAUAAUUUUCGACGGCGGCGCCGAUGUGUCUAUGACCCAAGCGAUCCCUUCAAAAGUUCUGAUUGAAAAAGUUACGAGCAACACCAGGACGUUUAACAAUGCUGAUAACUUGUCAGUGACUCAGAUUAUUCCGUUUCCGCUUGUAAAUAACGAUAUUCAAUUGCGCCAAGUUGAUGAUUUUACGAUAAAUAAGAAUAAAACAACGCAAGACAAAACGAUGAUUUGUCAGGACGAUCGCGAUCUGUCAAUAACUCGAGCAAUUCCAGCGAAUAUAAUAGAGAAUAAUGAAAAUUACAAUGCUAAUGUGAUUCCAUCACACCAAAUCGCAAGUAAUAAAGUAGAGAAGGACAUUGUAGGUGAUGCAGUCUUGUCAAACGAUAACGACAAACGGCGUACCAUUUUCGAUGAUAACAUAUCAAUGACUGAGGCUAUUCCAAAUGUGUUUGUCGAUAAAGUUGAAGAAAUUGAUGCAAACGCGAAAACAAAAACAGGAUAUGAUAAUGAUAUGUCCAUGACAAUAGCGAUGCCUUCAAACGUGAUGCUAUCAGUCGAAAACGUAAACGCGGAUAUAAGUACUAAUGAUACCUCCGUUCCGCGAUCUUCCAAGAAUUUUAUAGAUAAUGGAGAAAAUAGUAAUUUGUCUCUCACUAAGAAUUACGAUAAUAACGACGGUGCAAUGAAAAAUGAUAGAGUGAUUCUGCGAAAUUCCUACGGCAACGCUAGUUUGAUGAUAACCAAGCCCAUACCUUCGAAAUUAUUAGAUCUACAGCAGGAUAUAUUGAAGAAUAAUAAAAGUUUUACAACUGAUGAUAGUAAAUUAAUUGAUAAUAAACACGACGUAUUAGUAUACCAGGCAAAAGAAUCUAUUACUCUGUCGCAGUUAAAAAAUAUGAAUGAUGAUGAUGAUGAUAAAGAUGUCGAAGAAAGCAAUUCGGUGAUAAAUAUUUCUGAAGCAACAAAAUUGAAAGACAAGAGUGAUAUAUUUGGAAUCCUCUCUGUUCCGAUGUUAGAAGAUAAGACAGAGGAAUGUGAAGUCGAAGAUGAUUUUGUUGCUAAAGUCGAGUCUUUUGAAGUCGAAGCCCAAAAACCACCAGCCAGCGGAUCGUUCGUUAUCAAAACCAGAACCAGCUCUGAAGGAAAGGGAUGUGUCAAGAAAACUUUACUUAACGAGCUUUUAGACAUGUCUUAUUCUUCUCUAAACGAUGUUCUCCCAGAACCUAAAAAACCAUUCAAUGCUGUAAAUAACAUCGAAAUGCAAAUAAACGAAUCACACGAAACAGUGAUUAAUGUUGAGAACGAUAAUUUAGAAAAUAAUGAAUUCAUCGAACAUCAGUCGUUGGGUGAAGAGAAAGAAUCGAUACGACAAAUUACAGCAAAACUGCCAGCACUAGAAUACAGAGAAGAUUCGGAGGACGUUCAUCAUUUACAGAACCAAAUUGAUAAUCUUAAGGUCACUCUUGAAGAGAAGAUGUCGAAUAGACAUUACGAGACCGUAUUGAGUUCGGAUCUACAGCAGAGUCUGGAUCAGUUGAAAAAAAACGAAAAGGAUCAGAAUAUAUCUAGGAAUGUCAAAAAGUCAUUCAAAAACGCAGACGACACUAACGAGCUGCUGGAAAUGCUGUCCAAUUUCACAGAAGGGGAUGAAGAAGUUAAGCCGUUCAUAGACAAGAAACCUGAGCCAAAGAGAUUGAGUUUCGCACCAAACAGGCAGUCAAUAGUACUUAGCAGAGAGGAUUUACUAAAUAAUAUUUCCAUGGCACAUGCAGCUUUACAGCAAUCGAAAUUUGAAAUGGAUGAUAGUGAAAGCAUAGAAGAUACGAAAGAUUUGACAGAAGAACCGUCCCAGGUGGAGGACAGAACAAUCAAAAAGUCUGUAAGGAUGAGCAACGAAGUCGUCAAAACACUUCAAUUUGAUGAAGAAGAUUCUAUAAGUGAAAGCAGUAUCGUUUCAGAAAUAAAGGCGUCACCGUUAAAAAAAACGGCUUUCGGCGAAGUGUCUUACAUGCGAGACAGCAAAGCGAAAGUCAUACCAACAUAUUUAAAGGACGUUUCCGACAACUUGAAAGCGCUGAUGAUUGAUCUAGUGAAACCAAUGGCUGAUGUUUUGCCGUUCGACACCAGCGGCGCUGAUAGAUUAUUAAAACCUCCGUCGACGUGCAGCACACAGAUACAGGCUAAUCUUAUAACGUCCAGCCAGAUAGACAUAGAUACAGAACUACAUUCGAACACAGCAUCUUUGCACAGCACUAAAGCUAGCGAGACUAUGAUAAAAGAGGUAGCUGCUACAGGCAGGCAAGCUAUAUCCCAAGCAUUAAAUAAUUCCAAUAAACAAAUUUCCAACAGCGUUUCCUUCGAUGCACGCAUACAUGAGAUAAAAAUACCCGAUGCCAAACCUUCGCCGCGGAAAACUGUCGGACCAGUAAUUGUUUUCGAUCAUACAAAUCCCUUAAAUAACAUAGUCCUGACACAGCCAGAUAACAUUAAAGUACACAGAUAUAACCCUUUACAGUCAUCCGAUAAUAUGAAUUCUGAAUACGACACAGCCACAGAUGGUACCAAUAAAAUAGAUAGUCAGUACGAAGUGGAGCGCGUCUCUACGUGUUAUAACGUUGAGACUAAUAGGCAAUCGUCCUUACAAUCGGGCGAUACGGGCACCGGUAUAUUAAAAAUGAACAGUAUAGUGUCCAACACGAGUAAACCAGUAUCAAUAGAUAAGUCCAUAGAUGGAUUUUCGUUACACGUCAAAAACACGGAAGUCAACACUCUUAUUAGUAUGAAGGAAACCAAAGAGAUAUUAGAGGCUAACUCAUCCCUAACAUUGGUCGACGACGGUUUUGGCCGUAGUGCUUUCGAUCUUAAGCUUCCGUCGGAAGUGACGAAGCCCGUCCCGGAUCAGAGGUCACCAGUGAGGGUGAUCUACAAAUUGAAACAAGACGAACUAUUGGAGAAACUCGAGUCUGAUUUAACAUCCGUAGACGAUUCCAUGGACGAAGAAUACAAACGCAAAAAACGCACCUACAGCCCGACUAAGCGCGACAGAAACAAAACCACACCGAACGUAGAUCUAACCCCCAAGCCUGUUAGCAAAAUGCAGAAGAUUUCAAACAGCCCGAAGCAGAUAGUAAAUCCGGAGAAAUUAAAACGAUCCCCAAAACCCAAGGACAGGAGUCCUGAGAAGAAAUCCAACGUCAGUCCCAGAAAAGAUGUGGAUCAAAAGUUGUUAAAUGGCAAAAACAACGAGGACGCCCAAAAAACAGUAAUAGAAGCUAUAAACGGCUCAACAACGACUCUAGAAGAGGACAUUUUGUUUAACAAUCCAGCCAGAGAUUUCAAUAGUUCCAACACGAGUUCGUACAAAAGCAGCAAGUGUGGAAUAGAUCGAGAAGCCAGCAGCGACUCACACACGAUAUCAGCCGUCGGCAGUAAUGUGUCCAGGGUUAACUGGCAGACGGAUUUAGUGAACGAAUUGAGUUCCAAAAAUAUAGUGAAUGAGUGCAGUUCCGGUGACAACGUCGUCGCUAAGAUUAACACACUUCCGUUUAUGGGUUCCCGUGAUUGUGAAUGGGAAUCGUCCACCGGUGACGUAUGGAUGUUCCGUCUCCUUCGCACCCGUAUGAGGCUGAUCAUCCGUCUCGCUCACACACUCCACAACGCGACCCGCUCACGGGUCAGAGCUGAUACUCCUAUAGUGUCUAUCAAUGUGGAUUCCGUCUUGGAAGAGGAAUCGGAUCCUCUCGCGUCGCUAGUGAUCCGUCUGUCCCGGGACGCGAUGAGAGCGAUCUGCACGAGGUGUGUCUCAGCCCGGGAUGUGCCUCAUCUGUUGAGAUGCUGUGCAGCCAUAGCCAGGGUCGCACCUCGCUGGGCCCGCGCCAUGAGGGACGCGCGGGCCAGGCUCGCUUACGAACUCGGACCGGGAGGAGAGCUCACGUUUAAGGUGGCGAACUUCCAGCUUCGGUCGGUGUGGGAGGUGCGCAUGCGCAUCAAGUUGGUAGUGGAAGACGACAUGGAGUCCUGGCCGUGUGCGAGCGACGUGCGCGUGUGUCCCGUACUCGCGGACACUGACAGGAUACCGAACGUGGAGAGACUCACGCAGACGCUCAAGAGAGACUGGGGACACGCGCCGGCCGCUAUAUGGAAAAUCUUCAAGCAUUUAAAGAACAAGACGAGAAGCGACGACCUGCUGGGGGUCUGACCUGACCUGACCUGACCUCGGCCGACGGAAAUAUAAUGAACGUAACAUUCGUUUUAUUUGUGUAAAAAACGGUCCCGAGUCAGAUAUACAGCAGGAGUGAACCCGGAGCGCGCGCGUCCCACCGCACGGGAGCUGGCUUGUUGCUGAAUAACAUUGAAAUCAUUUGAAAUGUCCCCGUCGAGCUUUGUCGUAUAUUUUGUUAUGUUUAAUAUACAAUAGGUUAUUUUUUUUGGAAGAUUUUAAUAAAUACAUCAUGUGGU